AUGGAAAUGGAUCAAGAUAUGGAGCAACAGAUGGAGCAGGAGAAUAUUCAGGAUGCAGAACUGGAGCCAGGGCCGAGACAAGGCCUGAAGUUGAGCAGCCAAAUGAAGAACCAUAUUGUACAGUUCCUACAACAGCAAUGCCAAGCUGGAGCACUGCCACAUGGUUCAUUUCAAGAGGCAGCCAAUAGAUUCAAAGUGCACAGAAUUAUAGUGAGCCGAUUAUGGGGGAUAGCCAAGCAGCAAAUGUCAGAUGGGCAGCCUGUUAUCAUGAGGGGCAGAGCAUCAGGAUAUAAAAAGAAAACAGGUAAAGUACAUUUUGAUGAUGAAAAGUUCAAACAAUUGUCUUUUCUUGAGAGAUCUUGCUAUAGAAAGCUUGCAUGUAAAAUGGGUGUUAGCAAGACAAAAGUUGGUAGAUGGGCAAAGAGUCACCUGAUAAGGCCAUAUACAAAUGCCAUAAAACCAGCACUCACUGAAGCAAACAAAAUCAGUAGAAUGAGAUGGUGUCUUACUCAUAUUCAGCCAGCUUUGGAUGAAGGAAAGCUUUUUUAUCAUGCUAUGCACAAUACAAUUCAUAUUGAUGAGAAAUGGUUUUACAUGACAAAAGCUUCAGACAGAUACUACCUGUUGCCGGAUGAGGAUGAGCCUUACAGGUCUUGCAAGUCAAAAAGAUUUAUCACAAAGGUGAUGUUCAUGUGUGCUGCAUAUUCCCAUUCACAGAACAAGUUCCAGCCAAAAGGAAGUCCAAGAAUAGGCCAAGAGGGACAUUAA